AUGGGGCAUUGGGCUGUGUCCGCCAAUCUUGCAGAUAUGAAUGAAAGGUUUGGGCGAGAGAUUCGUGUUUUUGAAACGUCACCAGUUUCUCCAUCAUUAAAUGCUGCACCGAGUAACGAAGGAGAUGAGACAGAUGACUUCUAUGAGUUCACCCCAGAAGACUAUUACCGACUUCUAGCUACUAAAAAGGAAGAUAAAUUCUUGAAGACUCGAAAAAUCCGAGAAGCAGAAGAGGCAGCUCGUAGGUCAAGAAUAACGAAGGCUGUAAUUCGAGUUCGUUUCCCUGAUAAUCACACAUUGGAGGCUAACUUUCACCCAUCAGAAACCAUCCAGAAUUUAGUUGAUCUUGUGACUAAAGUGAUUGCGCAGCCGGAGCAGCCAUUUUAUUUGUAUACCACACCGCCUAAGAAGCUGAUCAAAGACAUGUCUCAGGAUUUCUACACUGCUGGUUUUUGCCCUGGUGCCAUUGUGUACUUUUCGUACGAGGUUCCAAAAGGUGAUAACACUCUUGUUGGCUCCUACUUGGGUGAAGAUAUCAUGGCCUUGAAGGAUUUACAUGUAUCUGCUGAUCAAGGUCAGCAGUCACAGCCUGUGCAAGUGGAACCAGAGUCUGUAGUGGCACCACAACCUCCUCCUGUCGAAGAGCGAAAACCGGCUGAGAAAAAGCUUGUUAAACCAAAGUGGCUAAAAAUGUGA